AUGCCACGUAAGCUACGUAAGAAUAUACGUAAGAGGAAGAGAGCAUUGAAACAUCCAAUAGUAAAACUGACACCACAACAACAGUUGCAACAACAAAUGCUGAAUGACCCCACUAUGUUGCAACAAAUGUCAAGCAAUCCUAUGCUUUUAAACCGAGUUCUUGGUGCACAGAGUGGAGGUUUAAGAGCGGCACUUUUAGCGAAAAUGGCAGGCUAUGGUGGAGCUGCAGACGGAACAGCUUAUAACCCUCAAAGUCAAAUGAAUUUGAGUUCACUCAAAAAUCAAAUAUCAGAUGUCAAAAAGUCAAACAUAGACAUACAGAAACAAAUAAGUGAAAACGAAAAGAAACUAGAAUAUGACAGACACACAAAGAAACUCAAUGAGUUAAACGUAGAGAAAAAGAAGAAAGAAGAACAACUGAAAGAACUAAGUACAGAGGAAUAUGCGAAAAAAGUGUCAGAAAAAGCAGCAGAAGUAGCAAAAAUGGAACAAGAUGUUAUAAAUUUGAAAAACCAUACUACUCAAUAUAAAGUACUGAAAGAUGAAGAGAUAAAACAAAAAGCCCUGAAGACAUAUAUGGAUAGCGAUGAGUAUAAAAAAGAAGUUGAAGCAAAUGUAAAGGCAGAAAAACUUUUACAGUUGCAAAACCAAACCGUACAGUAUGAAAACUUAGCACAUGAAAGUAAAAAUAACGACGCAGCCAUGCAAAAGGCAAUGAAAAGCGCAGAAUAUAUAAAAGCUAA